AUGGAUGAAGCCAUAGAGCUUUCAAAUGAUGGAAACUCCCUGAUAAAAGCGGUCUAUCAAAGCCGGCUGCGUCUGACCAGGCUCUUGUUGGAAGGUGGCGCCUACAUCAACGAGAGUAAUGAUCGUGGGGAAACCCCUUUAAUGAUAGCUUGUAAGAGCAAGCAUAUAGACCACCAGAGCGUCAGCAAAGUCAAAAUGGUCAAGUAUCUGUUGGAAAAUAAUGCUGAUCCUAACAUACAAGACAAAACUGGAAAAACAGCCUUGAUGCAUGCUUGCUUAGAAAAGGCCGGCCCUGAAAUAGUCUCUUUGCUGAUAAAAAGUGGUGCCGACUUGAGUCUGCAAGACCACUCUAGCUACUCAGCCCUAGUUUACGCUAUCAAUUCAGAAGACAAAGAUACCUUGAAGGUUCUCCUCAAUGCUUGCAAGGCAAAAGGAAAAGAAGUCAUCAUAAUUACGACAGCUAAGUCUCCCUCCGGGAGGCACACAACCAAGCAGUACUUGAAUAUGCCCCCUGGGGAUAUGGAGGAAUUUCAUUCUCCAACCUCCUGUACUACCCCUUCAGAAAUAGAGAUUAAAACCACUUCUUCCUCCCGCUCAAACUCCUCUGAAAUGGAUAAAGGGCUUUUUGGCUUUAAACAUCUGGAUCUUUCAGGUAGCAGUGACGAUGCUUCAGAACCAGGUUCCCCUACUAGAAGACCUGCUGCAGUUCAUAGUGGGCCUAAGCUGGGCCAAGCGCAACACCUGCAUUUAGAUCCUUGGAUAAAAAGCUCUCCUUCACUCCUGCACCACAGUAAAGUGGCUUCUUUACAAGAAGAACUUCAGGAUAUUACACCAGAGGAAGAAUUCUCUCUGAAAAUAAACGGGCUAGCCUUAUCCAAGAGGUUUAUCACUCGACACCAAAGCAUUGAUGUGAAAGACGCCGCACAUUUGUUAAAGGCCUUUGAACAGGCUGGUUCCAGGAAGCUGUCUUAUGAUGAGAUCUAUUCGCAGCCCCUCUUUUCAGAAGGGAGCAAUCCCUGCAGCGACAUCCCUGUGGAUCAGGACUCCGAAUCAGCAGCCCAGGCAAUGUUUGUUUCUACCUUGAGAAGUAUCGUCCAAAAGAGAAGCUCGGGGGCAAAUCACUAUAGUUCGGAUUCUCAGCUCACUACUGGUCUCACUCCGCCAACUUCAGAAGAUGGAAAAACAUUUGUAGGAAAGAAGAAAGUCCUCUCCCCAUCUCCACCGGUGCUUGCGGGGUCCAAAGAAUUGCUAGAAAAUGUGCCUCCCGGCCCGCUGAGCAGGAGAAAUCACGCGAUGCUGGAAAGACGGGGUUCGGGGGCGUUCCCACUGGAUCACACUGCACAAACCCGUCCAGGGUUUCUUCCCCCCUUAAAUGUGAAUUCUUAUCUUCCCAUCCCAGAUAUCGGUGUUAGCAACAAGAUUUCCAGUCUCUUUUCUUGUGGACAAAAGAUACUCAUGCCAACAGUCCCUACCUUUCCCAAAGAGUUCAAAAGCAAGAAAAUGUUGUUAAGGAGACAAUCAUUACAAACGGAACAAAUUAAGCAACUGGUAAAUUUUUAA